AUGCGGAAGGUGAAGGAGGUGGAGAACGAGAAGGGGCGGCAGGGAGAGGUGGGAGUGGCAGGGGCGAGCAGGGUGAAUGGAGCGGGAUGCAAAGCGAGAGCAACAGAGUUCAAAUCGGAGAGCGAGGUGAGGGCGAGGGAGGCGCGGUUGCGGCAAGCUGAGCCGGCUGUGAGGAGCAGAUGGGCGCUGGAGAGUGGCCAGUGGGAGAAGGACUUGAGGGUGGAGGGGUCGGCUGCAGAGAGGGCGAAGAGGAGGGGUCCCACUUGGAACCAAGGCAAGGCGCCGGACAAACUCGCGCUGCUCCCCCCACACGGCACGCCCACCCGCCACUCCGCCCAUACCUGCUCCCCCGUUCCACCUUCCCCCGCCCCUCCCCCUGCCGCGGCGGCGACGGAAGCGUUCAGCGGAACAGCCUGCAGCAGCACCUUCAACAGCCGCGCCGCCUCCCCUUCCGCAACCCCUUCCCCCUCCGCGCACAGGCUGGCGCGCGCAAAGAACGAGAGGGACAGCUGGCGCGGGGACUGCUGCUGCGCCACGCUGCUCGUCGGCGCCGCGGGUUUGAGUUCGCACAGCGCUUGUGCCACACCUGGCCCGCCAAACGCGCUACUAUUAGUACUAUUGCUACCACCAGAAGUGUCGUUGCUACUAGGCGACGCGGGAAAAUCGGAAGUAAGCCGUAAGAAGCGGGACCCGUCGGGUGCCAGUAGAGUGUCCGUCACUCCCGUGACCCCGUUCGCUAUUGACACGUCAGCAAGCGACGCCGCCGCCCCUCCUGCUGUCGCGACUGCGGCUUCCGCCAGUGUCGCAACCGCUGGCGCGAUCAAUGCUCCGCGGUUUCCGCCGCGAGAUGCGGUGGCUAAGAGCUCGUCGCUUAGGAGUGAUUCCCCGGGUUCCAAUGCGCGCCACGGGAAUAAGUACGGCCAUAGAUCGCACGACGCGUUCAGCUUCUUGCGACGCCAUCCUAUGUCGAGACAGCUUGUAUCGAAGCUCGGCCGUUUCCUUCCUCUCGCCAUGCCUCGACUACUCAGCAAUCCGAAGCUGCUUCCGAGCCUGCUCCUGCCCAGCAAGCUAUUAGUGCUUGCCAAAGCCCCAACGGAGCUCCCACUAGACAUCCCUCCUAACCCCCCUCCUCCCAAUCCCCCUCCUCCCAACCCCCCUCCUCCCAACCCCCCUCCUCCUAAUCCUCCUCCUCCCAACCCCCCACCUCCACCCAAUCCCCCACCUCCCAAUCCCCCUCCUCCCAAACCCCCUCCUCCUGCCCCCCCCCCCCCUGUGGAAGGAGGGGCGAUGCAGGUCUGGCAGAAGGAGGUGCAGACGACGCGGCAAAAGCCAUUGGGGUAA